GCCGUAGCCCUUGCCAUGAUGUCCUCGUCGCCGCUCGCCGGCACCGGCGACGGCGACAUGGAGUCACUCCCCCUCGCCGCCGCCUCCGACUACGCCUCCGUGGCCUCCACCUUCGACCCGCUCCUCUCCAGCUCACCCCCCUCCCCUCCCGCCCCCACCGCCGCCGCCUUCCCGCUCUCCCGCGCCUCCUCCUCCUUCGUCGACCCGCCCUCCUACGCCGACGUCGCCGCCGCCUCCUCCCCGCGCGCCGCCUCCUCCCCAGCCACCCCAAGAUCCGCGCGCGCCGCCGCGUCCUCCUACGCCCACAUCGCCGUCUCGGACCCAGAAACCGCGGCCGAGCCCGCCGCCACGUCCCUCGUCUCCGGAUCCGCGCCCACCUACGUCUCCUACCUCGUCACCAGCGCCGCCCUCCCCUCCGGCCGCCGCCACGCCGUGCGCCGCCGCUUCCGCGACUUCGUCACGCUCGCCGACCGCCUCGCCGACGCCUUCCGCGGCCACUUCGUGCCGCCGCGCCCCGACAAGAACACCGUCGAGAGCCAGGUCAUGCAGCGCGACGAGUUCGUCGCCCAGCGCCGCGCCGCCCUCGAGCGGUACCUCUGCCGCCUCGCCGAGCACCCCGCCAUCGGGCCCAGCGACGAGCUGCGCGUCUUCCUGCAGGCGGAGGGCAGGAUGCCGCUGCCCACCAGCACCGACGUCGCCUCCAGGAUGCUCGACGGCGCCGCGCGGCUGCCAAGGCAGCUGCUUGGGGAGGACGCCGUCGCGCCGCCGCAGGACGUCGUGCAGCCGGCCAAGGGAGGGAGGGACCUGCUCCGGAUAUUCAAGGAGCUCAAGCAGUCCGUGGUCACGGACUGGGGUGGUGUCAAGCCGCCGCUCGUGGAGGAGGACAAGGAGUUCCUCGAGAAGAAGCAGAAGGUGCAGGAUUGGGAGCAGCAACUCAAUAGCGCAUCCCAGCAGGCUGAAGCACUUGUCAAGGCUCAGCAAGAUAUGGGUGACACAAUGGGUGCUCUUGGAUUGGCAUUUGUCAAACUUACAAAGUUCGAGACGGAGGAAGCAAUGUAUGAUUCUCAGAGGAUAAGAGCUGUUGACAGCAAACGUAUAGCCACAGCAGCUGUCAAAGCUAGCAGGACAUGUCGAGAUUUAAAUACACAAACUGUUAAAUAUCUGGAUACUUUGCAUGAACAUUUGGGGAUUAUGCUCUCUGUCCAUACUGCAUUUUCUGACCGGGCAAGUGCAUUAUUAACUGUACAAACGCUUAUGUCAGACCUUGCAUCACUACAAUCAAGGAUUGAGAAACUCGAAGCUGCGUCAUCAAAAGUGUUUGGUGGUGAUAGAACUAGGCUGAGGAAAGUUGAAGAGCUGAGGGAAACAAUAAGGGCUACUGAAGAUGCUAAGUGCUGCGCGUUAAGGGAAUAUGAGAGAAUCAAGGAAAAUAACAAAGUUGAACUCAGCAGAUUAGACAGAGAAAGGAGGGAAGAUUUCCUGGAGAUGUUGAAAGGAUAUGUUACAAGCCAGGCGGCAUAUGCAGAGAAAAUAGUUGAUGGUUGGGAGACGGUAGCGGAGGAGACAAGCGGAUAUGGGCGAAGAUCAGAUAACAUGACAUCUUAGUCUGUGGUUUAUUGGAUGCGUGUAUGUACAAUGUAAUUUUAGGAUGCAUUGCGAAUAGAAGAAAGAUGGACCCAUUUAAUAUUUUCUCAGUUAUAUAUCAGCUGUCUCAGCUCAGAUGGCUGGCGGUUUGUUGUU